UUCAGUUCGAAUUUUAGUUAAUCAAUCACAGUGAUUAGAAAUUUCCAUCAAUUACCGUCAAACAAACAGAUUCACUGUUAACAUUUCUUCAAAACAACCAUUUAAUCGAUCGGAAUCGAUCAAAUUCAGCAUCGUUUUUACUAUAAAAAAAACCCAGAGAAGUUCAUCACAAUCCCAUCAAAUUUCAUAGAAAUAUUUCCAACUUCCUCACAGACAACGGUUAAAAAAAUUGUUCAUUCUUCCUGAUUUCAAUAAUAUACGUAGAGUUGCAUCAUUUUCGUACUAAAUUGAAGAAAUUCAACUCUGGGAAAAACAGAGCUACAGUAUAAUUUACAGAGAUUUCGGGUAUAAGAGCAAGUAAAACUGAUCCGGGUUUUCACACUUUGCUUACACGUGGUCCACAGAAAAAAGCCCAGGGAAUCCGAAGUUUCUCUUCUACCUGCACUUGGUGAUACAUCACAAAUUUGGCAACACGUGACAUAUACCCCUAAAAAACAAUUGCUGGCAGAGCCAUUUCAACCCAAAAUUUGAGAGCGAGAAAAAAGACCCACUCGAUUCUCGUACCAAAAAUUUAAAAGAAGGAAAACAAAAACCAUUCAUUUCCCUACCUCCAAGUGAAUUCGCAAGGUUAUAUAGUUGCACAGUGUGUUUUCCUCAUUGGAAUGAAACUACAGAUUUGUAAUUCAACUUCCAUCACUUCAUUAGAUAGAGGGUUCAUGCAGAUUGAAUUAUUGAAAGUAAUACCUAUAGCUGCCUUCAAACUGUUCGACAAAAUUGCUAAGAAAGUUUUUCCUCCUCUUUCAUUGCUGUAAAAAGAUUAGUGGACAUAAAGGGUAGUUACUCAAAUUCUGUGCUUGGUCUUCAUUGGGACGAGAAACUCAAGUAAGCUUCGAAAUUUGGAAGGGAACUUCCUUUGGUGGAUUCAACUCGCAUGUAUAUGGCUUGUUGAAAACUACAUGAAGAAGGAAAUUAAGGUUGGUGAGUACAUACUCUCAGUCUGAUUCUGGUUGAUAUGACCUACUAUUGCAAAAUGUGCCGCAAAUGUAGGAUACCAAAUUAAGGGGUGACAGAAGUUAGAGUUGAUCCAACCUUACUGAUGGGUCUCAUUAAUGUCCCAGUGACAUUCCAACCGCAACUAAAUGAAAGUGCCCCUCUUCCUCGCGUAGUUACUGUUCAUCAAGCUCAGACUAGCAGCCUCAUUGAUGUCCAGAUACAGCUGCAAACACAACCAACCCGACGUGCACCUUCACGUGUUUUGCCACAAACGGUUGACGAAAACUUGCUUGAUGUUGUGGUUGAAGAAAAUUUUACUGUUGAUGUACCUGUUAAGUUAUUACAGACAUGUGGUGUGCCAUUUUCAAGUAAAGUUCUGGGGAAAAGACCGCAUGAAGAAGACAAUGACGUCUUACGAGCACCACUUGGAACCUUUUAUGCUUCAGCAUCAACUUCGAGUACAAGAAAGAAACGAAGAAUGUCUCGUUCUAGACGUGUUCGUUUCACUCCUAUUACUCUGCCGAAAUCACCUGAGGUAUGAGCUAUGCUUCGGGCUUUUGAUGUUGCACGUAAGAGGGCCAUGCGAAAUAAAAAUCGUGUUAUAGAACCAGUCUUACAUCUCACUGCAAGUGAUGCACUACGUCAGAGAAAAUCAUGCACAUCACGUGCAAUUGGGAAAAGGAUUUUAGCACGCUCAAUUAAUACCCAACAACAUAGAAGUUUGCAUGGUAGAUUAUCGCAGUUGAGUAGAAGACCAACCCCAAAUUUAAGCGCACAACAUUUCAGAAAAGCUAUAAAUGAAUUAAAGUGGGGUUGGUGUUUAGAAUGCAACAGAAAGUUCCCGGACAUGUCAGCAAGAGGACUUUGCAAUUUCUGCAAGAAAGACAAGGAUAAACACCCCGAAUACUCAUUGUUCAGUGCAAGGAAUUUGAUGAAUCCAGGAAGGGUACCAAUUGAGUUGUCACGAUUAACAAAUCUUGAGAGUUUGCUUAUAGCACGUGUGCACCCAGUGAUGUCAGUAUAUAGAGUUAAAGGACAACACUACAAAUAUGGGAGAAACGUCAUUAAUUUUGUACAAGAUGUUAAUGUCAUUGCUAGUGUUCUUCCACACAAAACCAAAGAUCUGUCUGCAGUUUUGGUUAUAAAGAGGACUGGAAUGAAUUCAACCAAAGAGUUUGUUGUUCGGCGGGAAUAUGUACGGAAAACUCUAUUGUGGAUGGAAAAUAAUCAUGCAUAUUACCAUGGUAUAUCUAUCAGUGAUGGAAACAUCAAUGAAAUACCUGAGAAUGACAUUCCCGAUGACCUUCUGGGUAUGGGUGUAAAUGAAGACCAACAAAGAAACGAUAGUCUCUUCGGGGAACAAAGCAAUGAGGAUGGGUACGAUGGACCUCUGGAGUUACAAGACCAGAGUUUUCAUAUAAAUGAGUUUGAAACUGUUGGCACAAUUGGAACGAUCGUACAACCAGAUCAACAAAGUUGUAUCAUAAGAGCUUUGGAGAGCGUCGAGGCAGAUCAAACCAUUGUAGACAUGCCGUUUGCAGCGGCAUGUCUGAAAUUUGGUGUAGAAAUGGCAAGCCAAGCUUCCACCACAGGAGUCAACACAAGGGAUGUCAAGAAUGAGAUCUGUUUUCCUUGUAAUCUGAGUGACGACAUAAGAACUAGAUUGAUGCUUAAGUUUGGAAUUGUCGGUGACAUUUCUUUUACAUCCAUUAACAAGAGGAAAGGAGAGUUUCAAAGACGAUCAAAAUCAGAUUUAGAAAAUAGAUUGAUUGAAUGUUAUCAAGUCGCUGCAGUAUGAAUCUUUUUAGUAUUUUUAUGUAAGUUUGUCCUGUGAACUUUGAAGAAUCCUGAUGUUGUAGUGUUAAAAUUAGAAGUAGUUCGUUUUAAAAUUAAAGUAUGUUGAUGAUGUAAUUGUAAUUUAUUUUGUCAAAGAGACGAGAUUGUAUUUUAUUUAAUUUUUGUAAAACAAAUUGUAGAUCUUUUAAAAUAAAAUUGUAAAUUGAAUCUAGUUAUAAUAAAUUAAAUUAACUUUGUAUUAAUU